GUGUAAAAUGAAGCGGAAUAGAAAAAAACAAAUAAAAAAUAAUUAAAGGCCGAAAAAAUUGUUUGAAGAAAGUCUAUGUGUAAACGCGAAUGGCGACACAAAAAGAUAAUUAUGAUUAUUAGCGACAAAAGUAUCCUCAUGUAAACUCAAUCUUAUUAUACCCUACUUUCCGUUUUGCUUCGCGGUGAACUUCUUUCCACUAAUUUUGAUUGCUGAGAUACAUACGAUAACUCUGUUUCGUCUCUAACUCAUUAUUUACAUAUUUUGUUUAUACGAGUUUUAUAUAAAAUAGGUCUUUAAAACGGUCCACUUGAGCCCAUAUUUUUAAUCUGAUUACAAAUAUAUCAAGAUUUUUGGACCCAGCUUUAUGGGUUUAUUAACCCGGCCAUAUUUAAUAUAUUAUAUAAACAUGCCGCUUACUGCUGAAAAUGCCGCUCUACAGAUUCAGGAUCGCUUAAAGGAUUUACAGCGACUUAUUCACCAAAUUGAUGAAGAACGAAGACGCUCUGAGGCUAAUGUAAAUAGUAUACUUCGUGCGCAGCAAUCAAACUUUCCACCACAGAAGUUGAAAACAUUAUACAAGACUGGUCUACAAGAUGCUUCCCAUGAGGAGGCUACAAUACGAGGAGCAUUAGAAAAAAUACAGGAGAUUCGAAACAUUCGAAACGAACGUCGAGUUGCGGCACGCAAUGCUGGGAAUAAAGAAGCCAUACGUCGUGGUGCAUUAAUGAAAAUGGUUCAAAUUUCUGCACAAACACUGCCGCUUUUUGUAAGUAAACCAGGUGAGAAAGUACCUCCGCUAUGUGGAGCUACUCCAGCUGAGAGUAAUUAUAUUGCCAAAGUUGGUGAUAAUGUCGCAGCUUUAGUCAAGGGCGUUGAAGAUGAUGAGAACUGGAUAUUAGCGGAAGUUGUGCAAUUUCUGCAUCGUCAAAACAAGUACGAUGUUAUUGAUAUUGAUGAAGAGCAGAAAGACCGUCAUGUAUUGAGUAAAAGAAAGAUUAUACCACUACCGCUGAUGAGAGCGAAUCCAGAAACCGAUGGUCAUGCAUUAUUUCAAAAAGAUACCGUUGUUAUGGCACUUUAUCCACAAACUACCUGCUUUUAUAAAGCUAUUAUUCAUCGUUUGCCGCAAACGGCAACAGAGGACUAUUUGGUAUUAUUUGAAGACUCGUCUUGCACAAACGGAUACGCUGAUCCGUUACCGGUUGCCCAGAGAUAUGUUAUUGCAUACAAACCAACAAAAAAGAGUGGUGGAGGCGGCAGCGGAAGUGUUUCUUCAGCUUAAGUUAUUUAAAAAAACAAUGUUGACAUACUUUUAAUUUGUAUCUUAUUUAAAACUAUACCUUAGAUCUAUAAUAAAAAUACAAUUUAACUAUUAA